AUGUAUGUAUCUAUCUAUCUAUCUAUCUAUCUCAGUCUGUCCUUGUCUGUAAUCUAUCUAUCUAUGUUUUUAUGUAUGUAUGUAUGUAUGUAUGUAUGUAUCUAUCUAUAUAUUUGCGGAUGUAUGUAUGUAUCUAUCUCAUUCUAUUCUUGCCUAUCUAUCUAUCUAUCUAUCUAUCUAUCUAUCUAUCUAUCUAUCUAUGUUUUUAUGCAUGUAUGCAUGUAUGUAUGUAUCUAUCUAUCUCAGUAUGUUCUUAUCUAUGUAUGUAUGUAUGUAUGUACGUAUGCAUGCAUCUAUCUAUCUAUCUAUCUAUCUAUCCUAGUAUCUUCAUUAUCUUUCUCUCUCUCUCUCUCUCUCUCUAUCUAUCUAUCUAUCAAUCUAUCCCGGUCUCUUAAUUAUUAUCUAUCUAUCCAUCUAUCUAGUGCCCAUCUAUCUAUCUAUCUAUCUAUCUAUCUAUCUAUCUAUCUAUCUAUCUAUCUAUCUAUCUAUCUCAGUCUCUUCAUUAUAUCUAUCUAUCUAUCUAUCUAUCUAUCUAUCUAUCUAUCUAUCUAUCUAUCUAUCUAUCUCAGCCUCUCAUUAUCUCUCUCUUUUAUAUAUAUAUAUAUAUAUAUAACUCUAUCCUAA